CAAAUCCAGAUGUUUACUGUGUAUGUGAUUAAUUGUCAUUCGUACAGAUUUUGUCGUACGCCCGGACGUCCGAACUAUUGGAAAAGUGGUUUGUUUACAGUCUUUGGACACGUUAUCAAUAACAAGACAUGGCAUAUUUAGGAAGUAUUGGAGUGUUUUACAUAAUGCUAUAUAUCAGUGGGAGCUAUCCACAGCGUAUUACACAUGUCAACGGUAGCAGUUAUCAAAGAGGGUAUCUUAGUUCGAAUGUCUAUAAUUUAUCUAGUAAUGUGAAACCUACAGGUAAUCGCACACAGGAAACUAUGUCUUCAGCUGUAACACCGCUACCUGUUAGUGUCAAUAACAUGGUGUCUAGUGCCAAUAACAGCGUGUCUACGGCUGUCAAACACUCUUCAACUUCAACACCUGUGGUUACUAACAGAACUAAAGUGCAGUUUUCAACGCUUGUAAAUUCGAAUAUGUACAGUAAAAUACUUCCUUCAGGAGUACUACGGAAUGGAACUUCAAAUAUAAUUGGAACCGAAUUUCACAAUGCGCUACCAUUACCCGUGGGUAUUAAACUUUACAGAGGUGACUCGCACAAUAUGACGAUAAUCAGUGUAAGUAAGCCUGGGCAAAACACCACAGCAACCUUGUCACAUGUCCCAUCAGUGUUUCAGUCAAACUUCAAUAAUCUUUUCCAAAAUACUCUACAAGGAAACGAAAUCCAAACACAGUUAAGCCACUUUAUCAACACGAGCAAUGUUACUCUGCCUAUUCCAAUUGUUGUACAGGACAACCUUGAAAAGGUCAUUGAUGCUUUGCUGUUACAUGCUGAAGGCAACGAUACCGCUUUUUUGCAACUCCUGUUUGGCAGUCAGAGCGGUUUGUCGCUCCCACCGGAAAUGUUAAAGAAACUAGGCAGGUUAUAUGGAAAUAAAGAAGAUAUAAAUUUCAAUGUUAUUCUUUCUCAUCUUACAAAUGGCCAGAAGAAGUUAUUUUCCAACUUUAUAAUUCAACAAUUUUCUCCUGUCUCUACCGUUUGUUGGAAUCACCUUCUUGAGCUGACAAAUGACAACGCCACAGCUUUUAAAAUGAUAGACGCCUCUGGUAAAAUCCCUACUGCAAUACUGCAGGGGAACUUGAAAUGGACUGGCUCUUUUGACGAGUGUAUGUCAUCAAGAGGCAUGGGACAUGGUCCUAGGACAUUUGAUGGAAAGUACUGUACCGCAACACUUUCUCUAGAUGAACUCCUGCCACCACCAUUGCAAGUGAAUGCAGAGAUGGGCCUAUGUGUUCCUGACACGUGUAACAAAUAUGAGAUUAAGCUUAUCACGGAUAUAUUGUUGGGACUGGUGGCGCUCGGGAAUGCUUCUCUAUACAGCACUGCUAUGGUAUGUCAGGAGCCUGCAGAAUACGACACUCUAUCAGUGGCUGCCAUCAUGUUUUUCGCGAGUUUUGGCCUGUUCAUACUCUUUGCUACGGUAAUGGACAUAAAAUAUACUAACGAUAUGAAGAUGGAAAUGAAGGCAGGAGUGAAUGGGGAGCCAGCCAUUGCCGAUAUCCAUGAAAGCGGAAACGACGCACCUCCAGUCAUAAAAACAGGAAUCAGAGCGCGGCUGUUGGUUUCAUUUUCUUUGUAUACAAACGGUCGAAAGUUGCUCAGUAGUAGACGACAAAGAGCGGACAAAUUCGAAGCAGUGAACGGUAUUCGUUUCCUUAGCAUGGCAUGGGUCAUCCUAGGACACACGUUCCUACAUAUUACGUCUAGCGGCAUUAUGGAGAAUCGGCUAACAUUUGUACCCGCUGUUUUACACCAAGUGUCAGCAGGAGUUAUAGUGAACAGUCUUCUCUCCGUGGAUACGUUCUUUACACUAAGUGGUCUGCUACUAUCCUACGUCUUUAUGAAGGAAAUGAAGAGACAGGACGGGAAAAUCAACUGGUUCAUGUACUACUUACAUCGGUUCUGGAGACUGACACCGCCCUAUAUGCUAGUGAUGUUUAUGUACGUAGCGCUAAUGCGAUAUACCGGAGAUGGUCCGUUUUGGCCAAAAAAUGGACAUGAAAAGGACUUUUGUGCAAAAACAUGGUGGAGAAAUCUUCUUUACAUCAACAAUUUUGUUGAUAGUUUCAAUUCGUGUAUGGUGUGGACGUGGUACCUCGCCAACGACAUGCAAUUUUACCUUAUCAGUCCACUACUUCUUGUACCAUUAUACUUCUCCCGCCGACACGGUGGAUUGGUGUGCGGCGUGUUCCUUCUUGGUACCACUAUAACGUCAUACGUUGUGUCAUAUCAACUGGACCUGUCAGCUGUAAUGUUUAAUGCCAAUUCAACGUCUACUACAAACGAGGACAACUAUUUCCCGUAUUACUUUGUACGACCAUAUUGUCGGAUGGGGCCGUACAUCGUCGGUAUCGUGGCGGGUUACAUCCUUUAUGUAAACGAAGGAAACUACAAAUUAAGUAAGGGUUUGAACAUGUUAUUGUGGUUCCUAAUGACGGUGACUGGAUCCGUGGUGACGUAUGGUGUGUACGGACCGGCGACUGGUACAAACUGGGACCCCAGUAUAGCAGCUCUCUAUAACGCCACACAUCGGACAGUUUGGGGGGUGUGCGUGUCCUGGGUCGUCGUUGCUUGCGUCACAGGCUAUGGAGGGUUUAUAAACACGUUACUGUCCUGGAAGGCGUUUAUACCUCUAGGGCGCCUGACCUACUGUGUGUACCUGGUACAUCCCUUGCUCCUGUUCUACUUUACCGCCACCAUGCGUCACACCAUCUACGUCACAAAUUACACGCUGAUCUACAUCUUCCUGGGAACGCUGACAUUAUCAAACAUGCUUGCUUUUCUGACAUCGUUGGUAUUCGAGGCUCCCAUGAAAGAACUAGAAAAUAUCAUAUUCAAACGCAAACGCAAAUAGACUCGUUCUUGUUUUAUAACCUGAUUGGAUAAUUACAUAACGAAAUGUGAAUACUAUUCAGUCAUAAAUCAUAAAUAUUUUAUCGGACACGGAAUUGCGCCCCAUAGGGUUAGUACAAGACUGGACAAAAUCUUAUACAUCUUCAAAAAAGAUCGGAAGAGUUAAAUAAAUGUAUAUCGACGUUGCGAUUAUAACACAACAGGACGCAGUUACCAUCCAAAGCUAGCACUGCUUUGUUACAAAUACUGGAUGUGGACAUUUUUUCAAUAAACAAACACCUAUUUUUGUAGAUAAAAGUAUUGGCAUGACUCCCGACAGAGUAAGUCAGUCAAACAUAUGAAGUCGCGUGAGGAGUCAUUGUCGGGAGGGGUUAACUAAUCAACUGGCAAUCAUUUCAUAGUGACGUGGGUCCGUGUUUAGCCCAUUUGUUUGGCUAUUUUAGCUGUUACUGGGAUCAAGGACGCUGUCCGGAUUCUGGCUUGACGCAAGCCCGAGAUUAUCCUGGCCCUGACACCAGACUUUGACAUUUUGACACCAGACCUACAUGUAUAUCUGUCAAAAUGUCUCUUUCUGAUUCGCCUCCCUCCCGUCUUGGUUGCUGUGAUUGGCUCAGGUUCUGCGAUGACGUGGAAACUAGCGUUUUGAAUUUCGACAUACACAAACGUGUCCACCAUCGAAUUCUUCAGAUAACUGUCUAAUCCUGUGUCUACCAAGGUGUUCCAUUUCUGCCCAAACCAGCAUGCAAGUUGUUUGGUAUUUUAGAAUCCAACCAUAAAUAAAAGUGAAGCUUGAAAAUUAUGUCCGGUCAAACAAAAUCCUCUAUCCACGCGAAAAGGGAGCAUGAAAACAGACAGUGCGUUUGACUGGAUACCUUCGGGAAUCAACUGCUAAAGAUAAAAUUGCAGCAAAACACAUACAAGGAAGAAUAUCCGGUAUUUCUUUGAUAUUCCAAGAACAUUUUCACCGAAAAUAUCAAAUGCAUAUCUUUUUUCAUAAAUACUUCAUAUAUAUAUAUAUCAGUAUAAAAUGAGUGUACAUGUAGAAAAAUCGUUUUGUCCAAUGGAACUAAACAAUCCCAUAUCCACACUUCUGAUAUUAUCAUUCUCUUUCUCCCAGCGUUUUCUUUUAUAUUUUCAUAACAUUUUUAAUCAGUUUAUGCUCCCUCUUGUUCUUAUAAUAUGCUUCUUGUGCAAUAAUAAUCAAUUACAUCAAUUCUAUAUAUUAUAUACUCUUUCUCCCAUUACACAUUUCCCUCUCUGUCUCAAUUAAACUUAUAAAACUACUGAUAUAUCUCUUUUGUCUCUUUUUCUCUAUCUCUGCUUAAUUUCCAUUUUCUUCUGUUCUAUUGUCUUAUCAAACUGGCUAGUAUAUCUAGGGUCAAGCAGCAUGUUCCGGGGUCAAAUUGUGGGUUGGCUGAAGAUGAGACUAUAUAUAGCUAUAGAUAAGUUCAUGUCUCGCUCAUUUCAUAUAAGAUAUUUAACAAGUUGUGAUUGAUUAUCAUUUAUAUCGACUAGAUUGAGUUUAUUCUAUGAGCUCCAUUUGAUCAAGAACAUUAUUUGAAAAGAUCAUUUGAAAUUUACUCAGUUGGAUAACAACAUCAUUUCUUAUGAGCUGAAAGUCUGGUUUAUACCAUGAUUAUUAUUUAAGAUUUUGUUUUGCUUAUUCUUAACACAAGAUUUGACUUUCGAUGAUAGAAAAAAACGUUCUU